CCAAGUUGUAAACAAAUGUCGUCUGUUUGAGGGUGGAGUGUGGACCAGGUUUACUGGACUCUGUGUUCACUGUGUGACUUCCUGUUGUGAACACAGUGUUUUUGUGAUGUGAGCUCACAGUAGUUUGGCUGAAGUUCACAAUAUGGAUGAAGAGGACGUUCGAGCAGAGUUAUCCCAUGGUGGAAACAAGGAUUUGUCCAUAAAAGGUCCUCCAGGAAGCAGUGAUGAACCAGGACCCUUGAACCCACAUUUCAGAUCAGUGUCUCCAGAGUCCAUCUGUCUGUCCAUGAAGAGUGACCAGUCUAAAGACCUUCCUCUGGUCUUUAAACAUGGACCUGAACCUUCAGACCCACAUUUCAGAUCAGUGUCUCCAAAGUCCAUCUGUCUGUCCAUGAAGAGUGACCAGUCUAAAGACCUUCCUCUGGUCUUUAAACAUGGACCUGAACCUUCAGACCCACAAUUCAGAUCAGUGUCUCCAGAGUCCAUCUGUCUGUCCAUAAAGAGUGACCAGUCUAAAGACCUUCCUCUGGUCUUUAAACAUGGACCUGAACCUUCAGACCCACAUUUCAGAUCAGUGUCUCCAGGGUCCAUCUGUCUGUCCAUGAAGAGUGACCAGUCUAAAGACCUUCCUCUGGUCUUUAAACAUGGACCUGAACCUUCAGACCCACAUUUCAGAUCAGUGUCUCCAGGGUCCAUCUGUCUGUCCAUGAAGAGUGACCAGUCUAAAGACCUUCCUCUGGUCUUUAAACAUGGACCUGAACCUUCAGACCCAAAUUUCAGAUCAGUGUCUCCAGAGUCCAUCUGUCUGUCCAUGAAGAGUGACCAGUCUAAAGACCUUCCUCUGGUCUUUAAACAUGGACCUGAACCUUCAAACCCACGUUUCAGAUCAGUGUCUCCAGAGUCCAUCUGUCUGUCCAUGAAGAGUGACCAGUCUAAAGACCUUCCUCUGGUCUUUAAACAUGGACUUGAAUCUUCAGACCCACAAGACAGGAAGAGGACUCCUGAUCCUGAAGUGGACCCAGCAUCCUGUUCUUUGUGUCAGGAGGUCCUGGGUGGUCCAGUCUGUAGCAGCUGUGGACACUGGUUCUGUAGACAGUGCAUCACUUCAUACUGGGACCAGUUUAGUUCAUCAGGAGACUCGUCCUGUCCCCAGUGUCAAGAAACAUCCAGAACCAGAACUGGACCACAGAUAGACAACACUGUACAAAAUAAACAUAAGCUCAGUCUGAAGAGCAGAUGUGAAUGUGUGACUGAAGGAACUGAUGAAGCAGGAAGUAGAAUCCGUCUAAACCGGAUCUACACUGAGCUCUACAUCACAGAGGGACAGAGUGAAGACGUUAAUACCCAACAUGAGGUGAGGACGCUGGAGACAGUGUACAAGAAGAAGAAGAUCAUCUACGACAAACCAAUCAGGUGUCAGGACAUCUUCAAAGCCCUACGUGACCAACAGAAGCCCAUCAGAGUGGUUCUGACCAGCGGCGUCGCUGGAGUUGGAAAAACCUUCUCGGUGCUGAAGUUCACUCUGGACUGGGCAGAGGGUUUAGCAAACCAGGACAUCAGUCUAGUGGUUCUGCUUUCAUUCAGAGAGCUGAACCUGAUCAGAGAUGAGCAGUACAGUCUGCAGGCGCUGCUCCAUCUUUUCCAUCCAACAUUACAGAAGCUCACAGCAGAGCAGAUCAGUGUCUGCAAACUUCUGUUCAUCUUCGACGGCCUGGAUGAAAGCAGACUUUCACUGGAUUUCCACAACUGUGAGGUUGUUUCAGACAUCACACAGAAGAAACCAGUUAAUGUACUGUUGACCAACGUCAUCAAGGGGAACCUGCUUCCAUCAGCUCUCAUCUGGAUAACUUCCAGACCUGCAGCAGCCAAUCAGAUCCCUCCUUCACUUAUUGACAGGGUAACAGAAGUUCAAGGAUUCACCACUGAUGACCAGAAGGAAAAGUACUUUAGGAGGAGAUCCAGUGAUAAAGAUCUGUCCAACACAAUCAUCUCACACAUCAAGAAAUCCAUCAGCCUUCACAUCAUGUGUCAAAUCCCAGUCUUCUGCUGGAUCAGUUAUACAGUUCUGGAGCACAUGUUGACUUCAGACCAGAGUGGAGAGUUACCCAAGACCCUGACAGACCUGUACUCACACUUCAUCAUGGUCCAGACAAAGAGGAAGAAGAAGUACCAAGAAGGACAUGAGAUCAGUCCAGAGAAGCUGAAGGAGGUCGACAGUGAAGUUCUUCUGAAGUUGGGUAGAUUGGCAUUUGAACAGCUGAUACAGGGAAACAUUAUAUUUUACAAAGAAGACCUGAAGCAGUGUGGUCUGGAUGUCACAGAGGCCUUGGUUUACUCAGGAGUUUGUACAGAGAUCUUCAAAACAGAGAGCGUUAUCUUCAAGAAGACAGUCUACAGCUUUGUUCAUCUGAGCAUUCAGGAGUUUCUGGCUGCAGUCUACAUCUACCACUGUUACACCAGCAACAACACAGAAAUAUUAAUGGAGUUUCUGGGAAAUGAGGAGAAGAAGAAGACGAAGGAGGAAGAAGAAGAAAGAGAAGAAGAAGAAGAAAAAGAAGAACAAAAAGAAGAAGAAGAGGAGGAGGGGGAAGAAGAGGAAGACGAUGAAGAAUCACCACUAAGUAUUUUCCUGAGAAAAGCCAUGGAAAAAUCCCUCAAAAGUGAAAAUGGUCACCUGGACCUGUUCAUUCGUUUCCUUCAUGGCCUCUGUCUAGAGUCCAACCAAAGAGUUUUAGGAGAUCUACUGGGUCGAACAGAGAUCAGUCCAGAAACAAUAGACACAGUCACUGACAACCUGAAGGAGAUGAACACUAAGGAUGUCUCUCCUGACAGAAGCAUCAACAUCUUCCACUGUCUGAUAGAGAUGAACGACCGAACAGUCCAACAGGAGAUCCAAGAGUUCCUGAAGUCAGACAACAGAUCAGAGAAAGAACUCUCUGAGAUCCAGUCUUCAGCUCUGGCCGACAUGCUGCAGAUGUCUGAGGAGGUUCUGGAUGAGUUGGACCUGAAGAAGUACAACACAUCAGAUGAGGGACGACUGAGACUGAUUCCAGCUGUGAGGAAAGGCAGAAAGGCUACGCUUUCUAAAUGUGAAUUAUUAGAGACUCACUGUGAAAUCGUGGCCUCAGCUCUGAAGUCCAAUCCUUCCCAUCUGACAUACCUGGAUCUCAGGAUGAAGGAUGACCUGCAUGAUUCAGGAGUGAAGAUACUUUGUGCUGGGCUUCAGAGUCCAAACUGCAAACUGGAGACUCUAAGGUUUGAUUCUGGCAGUUUGUCAGAGAUCGGUUGUUCUUCUCUGGCCUCGGUUCUGAAGUCCAAUCCCAACCAUCUCCGAAAACUGGAUCUGAGCUGGAACGUCCUGAAGGAUGAAGGAGUGAAGAAACUUUGUGCUGGAUUUCAGAGUUCAAACUGCCGACUGGAGACUCUGAGUUUAAGCGGCUGCGAUUUGACAGAGAUCAGCUGUUCUUAUCUGGUCUCAGUCAUGGAGUCCAGUCCCGACCAUCAACACUGGACAAAACUGGACUUGAGUUAUAAUCCAGACAUACUUGAUUCAGGAGUCCAGCUGUUUUGUGCUGGACUUCAGAGGUCAAACUACAGACUGAAAUCUCUGAGCUUGGUGAGGUGUAUGUUGACAAAGACCAGCUGUCCUUCUCUGGCCUCAGCUCUGAAGUCCAAUCCUUCCCAUCUAACAGAACUGGACCUAAGUGAAAACCCAGAUCUGAAGGAUUCAGCAGUGAAGAUACUUUGUUCUGGUCUUCAGAGUCCAAACUGUAGACUGGAGACCCUGAGAUUGAGGGAGAGCAGCUUGUCACAGAUCAGCUGUUCUUCUCUGGCCUCAGCGCUGAAGUCCAAUCCCUCCCAUCUCAAAGAAUUGGAUCUAAGUAACUGCAAAAUGUUCAAGGCUUCAGGGGUGAAGCCGCUGCGGGAUUUACUACGGAGUCCACAUUGUCAACUUCAGAUUCUGAGUUUCACUAAAGUUAAAGACAAAACAGUCACAGUAACUGGAAUCCCAAUGAGUGAUGUUCAGAAGACAGAGGACACGUCAGAGUCUAUAGAGUCCAGCGGUGGGUCUAUGAUGAGUGACCGGUCCAAAGAUCCUCCUCUACACUCUGAUCAGGAACCUGGACCCUCAGAGAAAAGGUACCAUCACUACUAAGAGCUUUACAAACCACUUCGGAUCUUUAAUUCAUAGCGGACAGAAAAUAAUGGAGAAUCCCCCUCACUGAGGUCUUCAGUAGGAGCUGAUGUGACUGAUGUUACGUCAUUCAUGUUUCAUUCUCAUAUUUGAUUCUUUAAUUCCACCACUAAUUGUUACUACUUCCUGUUUCAUGUCAGUUUAUUCACACUGUAAAAAAUGACUGUAGAAUUAACACCAAAAAGCUGUAAAAUUGCAACAUGAAAAACUGUAAGUGACAAUACAAUGCAAAGUUGUUUAUUUGAAAAGAUUUUUGUGUUA